CACCACUGUCUACCACCGCUUGCAACCGCCAGCUACCUGUCUAGGCUCCUUGCAUCCCUCUGCAGUCUUCUGACAUUCAGAUUUGCUUCGUUUUAUCAGGCUAAAGCCUUUCCACGAAAAAUGUCGACCACUCCCACGUCGAACAAGGUCGACAACCGUGCCGACGAGCAGGUCAAGUUCCUGGUCUGCUGCAUCAAGCACGCCAACAAUGGCAAGCCCAACUUUGAAGCCGUGGCCCAGGAGAUGAGCAUCGUUUCCAAGGCCGCUGCCCAGAAACGAUACGAGCGCUUGCUCAAGGCCCACGCUGCCAGGACUGCUUCCAAGGAGUCUGAGGAAACGGACACGGUUCAGACUCCCCAGACGACUCCAGUCAAGAGAAAGAACGUUCGCAGUACCCCCGUCAGCGCCAAGAAGAUCAAAAGCGAGGAGGUCAAGAAGGAAGAGGAGCCCGCCCCUGAGCCAGCUCCCAAGGCUACUCCGAAGCCUAAGAAGGAAAAGGACGAUGAUGAGGUCGUCAAGCAGGAAACCAAGGACGAGUCUGACCUCUCCGAUGCCCCGUCCGAGACCGAGGUGGGAGUUUGAAUUUUGGACCUAAUUCAAAAUGCAAAUUUCGGUGCCGGCGGUGCGAAUUGCUUGGGAUGCCUGAACAAGGGGCUAUAGGGGUUACUGGGACUACGAGGUUGGCAAUAGGGAGACGGCACGGAAAGGGGAAUCGUUUAUAGUUGGGACUCAACCCUGUGUGCAGAUAGAUUCUUCUUCAUCC